CGGGGUAAAGAAUUGAAGGCAAGCAAAGGGCGCGCGAUGGCACAACGGAUGACAUUUCUCGAGAAUCGCCCGCUGGGAACUGAGCCGCCGAUGGAAGUGGCUGGCGGUGUGAAAAUCAACCUACCCACGGCGAAUGAGGUCCAACGACCAGUGACGGAUUGGAUCGGGAUCGAGCUUAUGAAAAAUACGGUUUACUUAGUGACCAAGGUUGAGUGGAGGGCAAAUGAAGAUGGCGAGUGGAACCCGGACCCACGGGGACAUGUGCGCACAGAGGGGUGGUUGUACAUGUUAGAGGAUGGAUGGCGCGCGUUCAGAGUCCUGUUAGCGUCAGGUGAAGAUCCGGUAAGCCUGUUUGAGGGGGCAUGGCAGCUAGUGUGGCAAGCGGGGUUCGAGUUCGCUGACCCAGAGUUCGAUGAUGUAACAGCAAACCUUAGGGUGGUCAUGGCUGGGAGAUUCAACCUGUCUUGUGAGAACGUCCGGAUGAGGUUGCCGCCCUUCUUACAGGAACAGCUAGGCGGGCUGGAGCUUGUCAGGCGGGCAGUGGCCGACCUCGCCUACCUGACGUUUGAGGAAGCGAUGGUCCACCGGGAAUAUUACCGGGCCUUCCUAGAAAUGGGACCAUUCAGCGGUGAACAGAGGGUAGGUAAAGGAAUAGCGUCAGAGGAAGAGGCCGAAGGACUCCGGAGCAAAGGAAGUCAGGGCACGGAUAGGGGUGUGGAACGGAACGAAGGGUCAAUAAGGGACCGAGAGUCGGCAAAACCAGAAGGGACCAGGGAAGAUGGAAAGAACCUUUCGACAGGGGAAAGCUCGGCGAAAGUCGGGGGAAGCAAAAGAGGACCCCAGGAAAAUAAGGAAGGAAGGGACAACGGCACGUCGAGUCCUCGAAACUCGGAGGGGACCACGCCCAAGAAAACGAAAGUCUCGGACGCACGCCGUAAGUUGGCAGAAAUACAAAAGCGAACCGCUGAGUAUAAGGCGAGGCUUAUUGAAGAUAUGAUGGCUGGGAACGAAAGAGACCUUCUGGGAGAAGGGUCACGAGAGCAAUGCAGGGCCAGCCAGGGCAAAGUCAGACACGGAGGGAAGGAUAAUAGCCGUAGAGGAACACCCAAUAAGAAAGGGAAGGAAAAGGGGGACUCCCCGACCGUAGAGGCAGAAAAGGCUACGACCCCACCAACUAUGGACAGUGGUGCUAGCCGUUUGCCUGCCACGCCGAAAGUAACGAAGGGGUGCGACGGACUUUGGAAUCUUAGAGAAAGGGUGUUAAGAUGGUUUGAUCCGGAGGGUACGCCAAAGGCCGGGGAAAAGCAGAGGGAUAACAAGGAAGGAGAAGGGACCAGUGCGGUCGGUGAAGCGGGUAGCUCUGAGGGGGUUCUCAAGAGGAUAGUAGUCACCCUCACUCGGACUCUGAAUAGGAAUCAGGGGUAGCUUGCGAAUGCCAAAAAGAAACUCACUUUCGACGGGGCGAACAUUAUGGAGUUUCUGAUAGACUACGAGAACCUGACAGUCU